GAGGAGGUUCUGUUCGUUCGGCGUCUGUAUACGGGCCCGAAUCGACCAAAUUGGCGAUAGCGGGACGUGACAUAUAUUGUCUCGACAAAAAUACACUGCUGACUUGUUAUCUCGUGCUGAGCUCAUUGAUACUGACUCUGUGAGUACUCUUAUGCAAAUCCACCAAAAACUAACUCCAACUAUGGGCGAACCUCUCACUAAUCCUACACGUUAUCGUGAGCUAGUUGGUGCAUUAGUCUAUCUCACUAUAUCUCGCCCCGACAUUGCUUAUGUGGUUCAUAUUGUUAGUCAAUUUAUGCAGGCGCCUACUUCUGUUCACUAUGCUGCUCUUUUACGUAUCUUGCGCUAUUUGCGAGGAAGUAUUCAUCAAAGUCUAUUCUUUUUUUCCUCUUCCAAGCCUCAACUUCGUGCCUAUUGUGAUGCUGAUUGGGCUGGAGAUCCUACUGAUCGUCGGUCUACGACUGGCUAUUGCGUUUUCUUUAGGGAUUCUCUAAUUUCUUGGCGUUCAAAGAAACAAGAUAUUGUCGCCAAAUUUAGUACGGAAGCUGAAUAUCGUGCUAUGUCCUCUGCCGCCUCAGAAAUUGUAUGGCUUCGCCGACUCCUUGGUGACCUCGGUGUCCAGUGCUCUACUUCAACACCUUUAUACUGUGACAAUCAAAGUGCUAUCAAAAUUGUGAAUAAUCCUGUCUUUCAUGAACGUAUUAAACAUAUAGAAAUUGAUUGUCACUUUGUGCGCCAUCAUUAUAUUAAUGGAACGAUAUCUCUGCCGUUCGUUCCCUCUACUCAACAACUUGCUGAUUUUUUCACCAAAUCUCAGACUACUCAACGACAUCAAUACUUUCUAUCCAAACUCUCAGCGUUUACUCCACCUUGAGUUUGCGGGGGGUUGUUACUUUAUAUAAAUAUUUUCCUUAUUUCCUUAUUUCUUUUCUUUUACAGGAUAUUAGACAUUCCUUAUAUUAUUGUAUACUAUAUUAGUUUCCUUACCAAUUCAUGAUUCACCAUGUAUUAGCUUGACCUCUCUUUAUAUAAAGAGGUUUUUUGUAAUUUAUCAAAUAAGAAAGAAAAAUAUUUCUUCUCCAAUUAUCCUUUGUUUUCAUAGUAUAAGAGAGCGACUAGCUUAAUCCGCAAAAGCUUGUCGUCACAAGCUUGCCGUCGGUUUCUCUCGACCUGGUUCUAUCACGACAUCCGCACCUCCAUCGAUGCCGCUUGUAUAGGUUCCUACAUCGGCACCUCCAUCGAUGCCACCUGUACAGGUUCCUACACCGACUAUUGCUCAGCUCGAUGUUAAACUCUCCGAGCUUAAUUAUCGUGAACGGUCGGUGUCCAUUCAACUCUUGUUUGAUGCUCUCAAUCUAACUGGACAUAUUGAUGGUGCUGGUCCACCAACCAAUGAUUCCAAACUCAAAGACUGGCUUGUUGCUGAUCGACGUGCUCGUGGAAUUAUUUCUACAUCGGUAAACAUAGACAUUCGGAUGCAGCUUAUCAAUUUGUCCACCGCUCACCAGAUGUGGUCUCUUCUUCGGCAGAUGUAUGAGCAGUCUAGUUAUGCUCAAUCGUAUGCUGAGUUUCAAGAGAUCUCCAUGGCUUAUCAAGGUGAGCGUAGUAUCCAAGAGUUUUACAGUUUUAUGCAGGCUCGUUGGCGUCAACUAGCGACUAUGGAUGAACACUUGUGUCGCACUUGCUCAGCUUGUUAGUAUACUGUCAAGCAAAAGCAGGUGCGUGAUCAACAACGAUUGUUCUAGUUUCUUAUGUGCCUACGACCUGAGUUUGAAGCGUUACGUGGCCAACUACUCUAUCAAACUCCCUUCCCUACUAUUGAUGUGGCUCUCGCGGAACUGAUUGCCGAGGAGACACGUCUUCAAGUUUUGAGUUCCUCUGCUUCUGCAAUACCUAAUGUUCUUGCUGCUCAUUGUCCUACCAAUCCACCUCCUGUGCCAGCGCCUACUUCUCAUCAUCAACCGCCUUCUAAUUACAUUCCAAAUCCUGGUACUAGAAAAGACAAACAGAGCAUCCAAUGUCGUUACUGUCAUCUUUGGGGCCACUCAAUUCAAGAUUGCCGAAAAAAGAAAUGGGCAGAUCAGCAUUUACGAUCCUCUCAUAAUAUGCCUACUAUUGCAUCUGCUCCUUUUGUUCCUCCGGUCAACAACGCGUCAUCUACAGAGCAGCAACCUUCAACUAUUCAAUUGAGUAUUCCUCAACUACUGCAGAUGUUUCAGCAACACCAGUUGACUCCAUCCACUUUGUCAGGGCAGUCCUCCUCUAUCUUUCCAAUCUACACCAUCAAGUUUUGGUAUGACUGGUCCUGGAGGAUCGUCGGACCGGGACUUUGAUUGGACAGGGUCAUAGACGUGACUGCCUGUACUACAUGGACUAUCUGCACCUUCCUACUAAAAUUAACUUAGCAAAUAUUGCUACAACUUCAAAUUCUGAUUUAUGGCAUCGUCGUCUCGGUCAUCUCUCUUCUGAUAAGUUUACAGUUUUAGUUCGUAGUGGUGUAUUAGGCCCUGUUUUUAAUUCUGAAUCCGUUUCUUGCAUUGGAUGCAAACUUGCUAAACUUUCCAUUAAACCUUUCCUGCUAGCAAUUAUGUUUCAAGUGCACCAUGUGAUCUUAUUCACUCCGAUGUUUGGGGACCGGCACCUAUAUCAACC